AUGCGCUGGGUCCACUCCCUCAAUGAGAAGUUCUCGGACAGCAAGGUGGGGCGCUACUUUGAUGUCAAGGGCCGCGGGUCAACAUUCACCACAGAGAUCAGGGCCGGGCUGGUGACAUUCCUGACCAGUGAGAGGGCGAGGGGUGGCGGGGCCAUGGUUGCCGCCUACAUCCUGGCCGUCAACAGCGCCAUCCUGAGCCAAUCGGGCGGCACCUGCAGCGACGCCGACUGCACCGGGCCCACGGCCGGCCAGCCGGGCUGUCGGUUCAACAAUGAUCCCGGAUUCCUGCUCUGCGUGCAAGCCGUGCGCCGCAGCCUGAUCAGCGCCACGGCGGCCACCUCCCUCAUGGCCUGCUUCCUGAUGGGCGCGGUGGCCAACCUGCCCCUGGCCAUAGCGCCAGGCAUGGGCAUCAACGCCUACUUUACCUACUCAGUGGUCGGCUACUACGGCUCAGGAAAGGUCACAUACCAGCAGGCCCUCGCGGCAGUGUUCAUUGAGGGCUGGAUAUUUAUCUUCAUCUCCCUCACAGGCGUGCGUGGCCGCCUGGUGAGCCUAGUGCCGAAGGCCAUCAUGCUGGCAACAGCGGGCGGCAUCGGCAUCUUCCUGGCCUUCAUCGGGCUGCAGAACAGCGAGGGGUUGGGGCUGGUCUCCUACAACAGCGCCACGCUGGUCACACUGGGCGGGUGCCCCCUUGAGAACCGGGUCUACCAGUACUCUGUGCCGGACCCAUCCUACUCCAAAGUCUGCACCACCGACCCCACCACGCUCUUGCCAAAGCUCAACCUGGGACCGCCGUCCGACAGCUUCAGCUGCCAGGGCAAGCGCCUGCACCUGCCCUCCCUGUGGCUGGGCGUGUCCGGCCUGCUGGUUAUGGCCCUGCUGAUGGGGCGCCGCGUGAAGGGCGCCAUCAUGGUGGGCAUCCUGUGGACCACCUUCAUAGCAUGGAUCCCCGGCCACGGCGCGUCGUACCUUGGAGACGGGUCGCAGAUCAUGGGUGGUGGGGAGCGUUUCGAGUUCUUCAAGCGCGUGGUGUCAGUCCCUGACGCGCGCAAGACCACCCUGGCCUGGAGCUUUGACGCGUUCCACACCACAGAGCUCUGGGUGGCACUGGUGACAUUCCUCUACCUCGACUUCCUGGACGCAACGGGCACCCUGUUCUCGAUGGCCACCAUGCUCAACCAGCGCAUCCCGGGCUUUGUCAACCAGAAGACCAAGACCUUCCCACGCCAGGUCUUUGCGUUCUGUGUUGACGGCAUUGCCAUUGUCAUCGGCUCCCUCCUGGGCUGCGCACCCCUGACAGUCUACAUUGAGAGCGCCGCCGGCAUCAAGGAGGGCGGCCGCACGGGCAUCACCGCGCUCGUGGUGGCGCUGGGGUUCUUCGUGUCGCUCUUCCUGACGCCCCUCAUCGCCUCCAUCCCGCCCUACGCCACAGGCCCCGCCCUCGUGCUG